GCAUAAAAAUCUCAUUACAGAACAGACGCAUGUUUGCUGACACAUGAUCACACACUGAUCUCCUGAAAUAUUCAGACUGUGACUGAAGUGUAGAGCUGAUGAUUUUAUCAUCUUCCUCAUCACAAUUCUCUGAAUUAUUUAAAGUGCCUCGUGUCAGUCUGUCAUUAUGGAGAUCAGAGAGAGAUCUUCAUCUCCAGAUCACACCAGAGAGUCUCUGAAGAGCCACAGAUCCAUGAAUCCUCCUGAAUCCAGUGAUGAUCCAGUGACCUCUGACCCCAGGAUCUGCAGUCAGAGAUCUUCAUCUCCUGAUCACAGCUGUGUGUCUCUGAAGAGUGACGCAUCCAUGGGUUAUCCUCCUAACCUCAGUGAUGAAGCAGUGACCUCUGACCCCAGCAGAGCAGAUUUAGAGCGAAGCGUCUCUGGAGGAGUCUCCUCUGUCUUCUGUCUGAACAACACGAGCGUUACAGCGUCUCUGAAUAAACAUGAUCAAGCAGUGAAUGAUGAACUACAGAGAGUCAAAGAGCAGCACAAAACCAGCAUGAAGAACAAGUAUGAGAGAUUAUGUGAGGGACUGAAACUCCAGGAGAAUGAAAGCCUCCUGAACAGCAUCUACACACAGCUCUACAUCAUAGAGGGAGAGAGAGAAGGAGUGAAUGAAGAACAUGAGGUUUUACAGAUGGAGAAAACAGCCAGAACACAACCCUCACAAGACGCUCCAAUCUACUGCAAUGACAUCUUUAAAGCCUCCGCUGAAGCAGGAUCUGAGGAGAAAGAGCAGAUCAAGACUGUUCUUACUAAAGGCAUCGCUGGAAUCGGAAAAACCGUCUCUGUGCAGAAGUUCAUUCUGGACUGGGCCGAGGGAAAAGCCAAUCAGGAUGUAGAUUUCAUGUUUGUGCUUCCAUUUCGAGAGCUGAACUUGAUCCGAGAUCAUCAGUACAGUCUUCACAGACUUCUGCUGGACUUUCAUCCUGAACUUCAAGAUCUGGACUCACAGAUUUAUGAGGAGUGUAAAGUUGUGUUCAUCUUUGAUGGUCUGGAUGAAAGCAGAAUCACACUGAUGUUUUCAGACGCUCAGGAAGUUUGUGAUGUGACUGAGACUUCAUCAGUGGCUGUGUUGAUGUCAAAGCUCAUGAAAGGAAAGCUGCUUCCCUCUGCUCUCAUCUGGAUCACCUCCAGACCAGCAGCAGCCAAUCAGAUCCCCUCCAAAUACAUCCACCGUCUGACAGAGAUUCAGGGAUUCACUGAGCCUCAGAAGGAGGAAUAUUUCAGGAAGAGAAUCAGUGAUGAGCAUCAAGCCAGCAGAAUCAUCUCACACAUCAGAAGAGCAAGAAGCCUCCACAUCAUGUGCCACAUCCCCGUCUUCUGCUGGAUCUCAUCCACUGUGCUUCAGAAGCUCCUGGAAGAAGAUCUGAGAGCAGAUAUCCCUCAAACUCUGACUGAAAUGUACAUCCACUUCCUGCUGAUUCAGAUCAACAUGAGGAAGCAGAAGUAUGAAGAGAGAGAUCCAGAGCAACUCCUGCCGUCCAACAGAGAAGUGAUUGUGAAACUUGCUGAAGUGGCUUUCAAACAGCUGAUGAAGGGCAAUGUGAUGUUCUAUGAGGAGGACCUGAUUGAGAGCGGCAUAGACGUCACUGACGCCUCAGUGUAUUCUGGGAUUUGCACUGAGAUCUUUAAGCAGGAAUCUGUGAUUCAUCAGAGGAAAGUCUACAGCUUCAUUCAUCUGAGCGUUCAGGAGUUUCUCGCUGCUUUCUAUCUGUUUUACUGCUAUUUAACAAAGAACAAGAAAACACUGCGUGAAUUCAGAUUAAACAGAUCUGAUGAAGUCUCUCUGUAUGAUCUACUAACAUCAGCAGUAGUUAAAGCUCUCAAGAGUGAGAAUGGACGUCUGGAUCUGUUCCUGCGGUUCCUGCUGGGCGUCUCACUGGAGUCCAAUCAGAGACUCUUACAGGAUCUACUGACACACACAGAGAACAGCUCAGAGACCAUCAGGAGAAGCACACAGGACAUUAAAGAGAGGAUCAAGAGUAGUGAUCAUCUCUCAGCUGAUCAGUCGAUCAAUCUGUUCCUCUGUCUGCUGGAAGUGAAAGAUCAGACUCUGUUCAGAGAGAUUCAGGAGUUUGUGAAAUCAGACAAACACUCAGAGAAACUCUCUCCUGCUCAGUGUUCAACAAUCUCCUACAUGAUUCAGAUGUCAGAGGAGCCUCUGGAUGAACUGGACACCAUGAAAUACAACACAUCAGAUGAGGGGAGAAGAAGACUGAUACCAGCUGUGAUCAACUGCAGAAAAGCUGUGUGA